AUGGCGGCAGGGGCGACUCUGCCUGCUGAGCCCGCCAAGUCACUGACGUCGCUUCCCAGGGAAGUGCUGAAGUGGAUCCAGAGUCUGGACCUUUCGUACAGUGUCCGAAACGUGAAGCGCGACUUCGCAAACGGUUUCCUCGUGGCCGAGAUCUUCUCUCGGUACCAUGCGCAGGACAUUUCGAUGCACAGCUUCGACAACGGCCUCAAAGCCGCCACAAAGAACGACAACUGGGAACAGCUUUUCAGGUUUUUCCGCAAGCACAACUACCCCAUCUCCCGUGCAGAUUUCGACCCGGUGAUGGAGAGCCAGCCAGGGGCGGCAGUGGCGCUUCUCAUCAAGGUCUACACCUUGCUCACGAACCGCACAGUGCCGAUCUUCCUCAGCGAGGACAUCCCCGACAACCUGGAUCCCAGCAACUCGCCGAACAAGAAGGUGGCAGUGGAGACGCUGCUGGAGCCCUCAGUCGCGCCUUCCUCCGUGGAGCCGCCCAUCGAAGAGAGCCGGGCGGACCUGGGGGACGCGCGGCCAGAUGCAUACCACAUCUUCCAGGUUGGCAUUGAGACUUUACAGAGCUUGGGUCGCGGAAAGUAA